AAGACUCCCUUCCAUUAUUCUUUUGAAAUCCACCAUUAUACAUAUUACUUUUAUAAUAACUAUUUGGAGAAAAAUAUUGUUCAUCUUCUCCGACUUCACGAUACACGAACAGCAGCACGGUAAAUGUUGCAGCAACAGCGGACCUCCGAUGUCCUCCCUCUCUCUCUCUUCUUCCCCUUUCCCUUUUUCUUCUCCCCUUUCUUCUUCCCGGAGAAAAACACAGUAGAUAUUGAGCACGAAGCUCAGUCCCAAUACCAUCGUAGCUGAUCCAGUGGUUGCCACUGACGAUGCUGUGGGCGUCAUAAUAACGAAAUAAAAAAGGUGGCUUCUUUCUAUACCACCAGCAACCAACCUUUUCCUUAAAUUUAUUCAUUGGUCGAUCAUCUCUGCUGCCCAUUUGCCAUUUGCUCCUUCUCCCCUCUUUCCUCUCUCUUUCUCUCUCUCUCUCUCAUAAAAACUCUAAAAUUCAGAGAGCCAUAAGGACAGAAUUCCAGACUUGAUAAUGGAGGUGGUGAUACUGGCACCACCUAACGGCAUGGAUUUCAACUUCGACAGCGCAUGUUCUUCCCCCUACAUCAGUGCUCCUUCCAGCCCCAAACGUUUUGGUGAGUUUUUCAACGCUCCCACUAGUCCUACUAGGGCCACUGCAAUUUAUCGUGGCUUCAACGACUUCUCCAUCACCAGCGGCAUUGGCGGCGGGGGUGGCUCUUCUUCGGUCAUCCCAUUUGACUUGGAACAAAAGCCUGGAAAGUCGAAAUCCAGCGACACCCAGAACGACGAUGACGACUUCACCUUUGAUUUCAGUGGUCAGUUAGAGACAACUUCGCUCACCGCCGAUGAACUCUUUGGCGGAGGCGUCAUUAAACCUUUAAAACUUCCUCCUCGGUUACAGCAGGUUCCUAGCAAAGUUGACGACUUUGCUACUCGGAAGAGCGUUGUUUCAUCGCCGAGGUCCCCAAGAUCACCUAUCUCGAAGGGGAAAAGGAUAAUCAUGAAGCGUUGUCCCCACGUCACAAGAAAGACUUCAACCCAUUCGCAGCUACAAUAGAGCAAGCGCGUAAAGGAUCAGAACGCGAUCGAGGGAGAGAAAGGUUCUUUGGUUCGAAUUCUGGCCGUAGGGGUACCCGAUUGCUGUUGCUUUCAAAGUUUAUGGGUUUGCAUGGGAAAAAAAAGAGCAACAGCAAAGCACCAAACCCGCUUCGUUAAAUUCAAAAUCCACUUCUACAUCGUCGUCGUCUUUGAAGGGGAGCAAGAAAUGGAGGCUGAAAGAUUUUAUAUUGUUUCGAAGCGCUUUAGAAGGUCGAGCAAGGGACAAGGAUCCUUUCAGAAAAUUCACGGUUUUAUCCAAGAAACAGGACGACGCAAAGAACUCGAGCUUCUGCUCAACCGACAGCUCCGGUUCGAGGAGAAGAGGGCUAGUUUCAUUCAGCUCACGAGUUGCAUUAUACAGUGAACCGGGCGGUAUCUGAUGAGUUGAAGAAGAACAAUGUUUUUCUCGGAAUAGUUAUUAUAAGGGUAAUACGGUAAUU